AUGUUACCAGGUGGCCUUCGUGGUAGAAAGACCGGUGAGGUCAAGCGUUUUGGCUUGAUCAAAUCGGGCCCUCUGGCCGGCAUCAACAACUUCACCGAUACUUGUCCACCGCGCCGGAUCCUGUACGCUGUAUCUCCGCCACAACGGUGCAUGAGAGACUUGUCUUUGAUGAGUGCAGUUCCAGUGCGUCCAACAAGGAGCGAAGCGACUGGUACACACCGAGUCAUCCGUGCAACGAAUUCUUUCCACAACCCGACCGCAUUACGUAGCGAUACGAUAGCUCAACGAAGGGGAUUCGGAUGGAUUGUAAAGUCUCUGAGGAACAGAUUGAAGUUCAGGCACGGAUCUGCGAAGCAAGAGGACCACAGUGGGACGCCAAACGAGGAACGCAAAGGAGAUGAAACCAAGCCAUCAUCUCAAAUGGCUUCACAUCAUACUCCAAUCCACUCCCCACCAGCCCAUCGCAACGGCCCUCACCACAUAGAAGGUGACACAAACGUGGAGUCACUUACCGAAGAACAGCAGAUUGUCCUGGAUCUCGUACUACGUGAAGGAAAGAGCAUAUUCUUCACCGGCCCUGCCGGGACUGGAAAAUCUUUCCUUCUGCGCAAGAUCAUCGAAGCCGUGGAAAUCAAGCAUAUCACCGACAUGGAGACAGUUGCUGUGACAGCCUCAACCGGGAUCGCCGCCACCCACAUAAGAGGGCAAACGCUGCAUAGCUUCACGGGCAUUGGCCUCGGAAACGAUACGGUUGAAGAACUUAUCGUGAAGAUCUGGAAGAGUAAAAAGAUUAAGCAUCGGUGGACCGCUGUCAAGGUACUUAUCCUUGACGAAGUAUCCAUGAUCGACGCCCGGCUUUUCGACAAACUGGAGCGAAUCGCGCGCGAGGUCCGGAGAAACGAGCUGCCUUUCGGCGGUAUCCAGCUUGUGGUUGCCGGCGAUUUCUUCCAGUUGCCGCCCGUUGCGAAGGGUCAAGAGGCGCAAUUUGCUUUCGAGGCUAAAUCGUGGGCCAGGACGAUAGAGCAUACGAUUGGCCUGACUCAUGUCUUUAGGCAGAAGGAUCCCAUCUUCAGUUCGAUGCUGAAUGAGAUGAGGGAGGGCCGUCUUUCCUUCGACUCGAUCCAACAACUCAAACAACUUAGCAGGCCGCUACGUUUGACCGGCGGACUGGAGGCCAGCAAUCUGUUUGCCUUGUGCGCUGAAGUUAACAUGGCAAAUCACUCGAGGCUGGAUCAACUACCCGGCGAAGUACGCACCUAUACCAGUCAAGACUGGGGGACUAAAGAUGAAAAGACCCGGGAAAAGCUGCUAGCGGGAUGCAUUACUCCUCGCGUGUUGAGAGUAAAGAAAGGCGCCCAGGUCAUGCUGACCAGGAACCUCUUCCGGCCGCUCGUGAAUGGAUCCCUGGGCCAAAUCAUGGACUUUGAGGAAGGGUCCGGAUCUGAGAUUCAGUACCCCCGAGUGCGCUUCACGUGCAUAGACGGGGCCGUACGCGAGAUUCUGUGCACUCCCGAAACAUGGAUCAUCGAAGAACCUCCACCCAGCAGCGGUAAAAGGCCGAACGAAAAGACCAGAGUGUUGGCCGGCCGCAGACAGGUUCCUUUGAUACUCGCGUGGGCGCUCAGCAUCCACAAGGCACAGGGCCAGAGCUUGGACUUUGUGAGAGUGGAUCUCACCAAUGUUUUUGAAAGGCACCAGGCAUAUGUGGCUUUGUCGCGGGCGACGACGAUGGAGGGACUACAGGUGUUGAAUUUUGAUCCUAAGAAGGUGCUUGCUCAUGAGAGGGUGAAGGCUUUCUAUAAAACCCUGUCGACUACUGAUGCGACUAAGAAGCUAUUGCGUUGCAAGUCCGGACUGAAGGGGUGGGACUGA